UCUCCCUUUCGUGUGCGAGCUGCGCAUGCGCGGCGCCGUCCGGGCGCCGCUCGCUGACGUCACAUCCGCCCGCGUCCCCUGCGUCGUGAGGUCACUUCCGGCGGCGCCGGGCGCCAUAGCAACGGGCCGCGGGGCGCGCCGCGCUUCCAUGGAGGCUCGGAGACCGCGGGACGGGCCCGCUCCCGUAAGGGGAGCCGGGCCUCCCGGCUUCGCUUUCGCCCGUAGGCGGCGAGAGCAGGAGCUGGCCGAGUUGUCGGCCGCGGUGAAACGGGAGAACCAGGCCCGCGGUUUCUCCGAGUGGCAGCGGCGCAACGAGGCCAAGUGGGUGCGGGGCGACGCGCGGAGGAAGGCGGAUUCCGCCCUGAGGGAGCUGCGGGCCGCCACCGAGAGCAGGAGGGAGAGGCUGCGGGCCGUGCUGGAGGCGGAAGUGGAGGCGGGCCGAGCCGCGCUGGAGCCAAUGGGAGAGACGGAGCUGGAGAGGGAAGCGGAAGUGAGGGGGCGGGGCAAGGCGCUGCGGGAGAAGCGGGAGGAAGAGCGGAAGCGCCUGGCGGACCGGAAGUGGGAGCUGCAAUGGAGGUGAGCGGGGGGAAAUAAUGCGGAUAUUAGGGGCUAAUAAUCGGGGUAUUAGGGGCUAAUAAGGGGCUAAU